ACAGAAGAGCUGCAAGGUCAGAGACGCAAGGCUAAAAGACACCAAAUUCCUUCUCAUCCGGAAUAGAAUCUAGCCUAAAGAGACGCCUACUUUUCUUUCUUUAAAAAGAAAACGACUACUUUUUUAAGGCAAAAUGAACUUUCAGUGGGCAAAAUUGUUUUUAAGUUGUCUGAUUCUGAGCUGGGACACCUGCCGAAGCCAGAAAGACUGCACAGGUGUGGACUGUCCCAGUCUGCAGAGCUGCAUCGAAACGGUGUUGGAGAAGGCCGCCUGCUGUCCCACCUGCACUCAAAGGGGCUGCACCUGCGAGGGCUACCAGUACUAUGACUGCGUCCAAGCGGGCUUUCGGAAAGGGAAAGUCCCAGAGGGGCAAGCUUACUUUGUGGAUUUUGGAAGCACCGAAUGCACCUGUCCUCUGGGCGGCGGCAAGAUAAGCUGUCAUUUCAUCCCGUGCCCUGAAAUUUCCCCCAACUGCGUUGAUAUUCUGCAGCCUGAAGACGGAUGUCCGCAAUGCGGGAAAAUUGGCUGUACCCAAGGAAACAGGAAGUACGACGCGGGACACUCCUUUCAAAAGGACCGCUGUCAGGUUUGCCACUGUCCAAAUGACGGUGGGCGGUUAAUGUGUUCACCUAUCCCCGGCUGUGACCUCCGUAGUUCUAACAACCCCGCGUGGGUUGCGACCACUGAGUACAACAGCCCUUUGAGAGACGUUAGCAGUCGUCGCAACGGCCAAGAAACGAGACCCGGGGAACCGUUUUCCAAGCUGGCACUGGGAAACACUUUACCGCUGUAUAAGCAGGACCCGCCCGGCUUUGGCACGGGACAUUAUGACUCCGCACUGGAGGGGCCGAUGUCUUCCACUGUCAAAAAUCUGGCCCCGCCACUGGAAUCUACUGCAACGCCACCAACCUACCCAGAGGCAAGCUCCCUCGAUGACAGGAGACAAGAGCUCAGGGAGACGCAAAGGAGUUCCGAUCCGGAGACGAGCAGUGAGGCCGAGGUCACGCAGACCGCGGAUCCGACGACGACGGCGGCGGGGGAUCAGAGCGAAGCGUCGGCGCUGACGACGACCACGCAACAGGAACUCGGGGAAAGGACUGUUAGACCCGAAAGCGGCGGAAACAGAGCGGCACAGGACGCUUUAAGAGACGCGGCAGCACGAGCCGCCGAUGCAAACGAGGGGAACGGGCCCUCCGGACAUCAUGAACACAGUGCGGGCAGUCGCAGCGGGAGCCAUGGCGGCUCCCAUUACGGCAGCCAUAAAGAAGAAGAAAGGGUGUCAGCGGAGCACAGGCAGACCUUAAACCCCACCAUACAGUUCAGUCCCACCAGCAGAGCUCCAGUCAGGAUGAGGGAGGACAGAGAGCAGCCUCAAAGACAACCCCAAACCCUCCACCACUACCACUCCCAAGACGCGCUGGGAGAAACCAAAGUUCCUGCCAAGGAGCUGUUGAAGACCUGCUGCGAGACAGGGGAGAAGUGGGCUUCGGCGAAUGGUCACUGCAACGACAUGGAGCCACCCACAAGAGAUAGGCACUCCAUCUGCUGGACUGGCCAACAACAGUGCUGCCGCGGUUCCCUCAGAGAAGGCCGGUGUUUGGCUGGAAUGAACGCAGCCAGAGCUGGAACUAUGUGUCGAGAGGAUGCCAGCGACAAAUGUGGGAUUGAUUCCUACAAGGAGUGCUGCGACUGCUGCUCUCUGGGGCUGCAGUUCCUCCGCGAGGGGCAUCGCUGUGAAGCCCACCGGCACCUGGGCGUCCACUGCAGACACGUCUUCCUCACAUGCUGCGGGACGACGGAGGAGGAGGAGGAGGAGGAGGAGGAGGAGGAGGGCGCCAAUCGAGACGGCGGCUGGCACUCCGUCAGAGAGAGGCCCGCUCUCGACUCCACUCCGCUACCAAAGAAAAUAUCCGACAGCCCGUACCCGAAAGAGGCCUUCUCCAUGGGUGAGGAGCGUGAGGGGGAGAAUGAGGCGGUGGACGUGGACGAGUGCCGUGUGUACGAGGGCUCGCUCUGCCACCACCGCUGCGUCAACGUGCCGGGCUCCUACCGGUGCGAGUGCCUCCCCGGAUACGCGCUGCAAGAGGACGCGUUCACCUGCGCGCGAGAGACGGUGGACGAGGAGAACAGACUGAGGGAGGACGACAGCGCGGCGGCGGAGCCCACCUCGCCGCCCCCGCCUCCCACCCAGCCCGCCGUCGUCCCACCCGACCCCUGCGAAGGAAACGGCCCGUGUGACCAACACUGCACCUCGGUGGGCGGAAGGCCGCGAUGCUCCUGCUCCCCAGGAUUCUCUCUGUCGGCGGCUGACGGACGCUCCUGUGCGGACGUGAACGAGUGUUUGUCCGGGAGCGUGUGCCAGUCGGGCGAGCGCUGCCGGAACACUGCGGGGAGUUACGUCUGUCAGAGGCCCGUCGCCUGUCCCCCGGGGUACCGGAUCAACGGCGACGUUUGCGAAGAUAUCGACGAGUGUGCGCAGCGGAGCCACAACUGCGGCCUCGACUUCGAGUGUGUGAACGUCGAGGGCUCGUUCAGGUGCAGCCCCAAACCCCGAUGCCCCGCCGGCUUCAACCGGGACGGACAGGGCAACUGUAAAGAUAUCGAUGAGUGUGACGCCUCGGCCCCGCCGUGCGGCCCUGGGUUCCUCUGCGUCAACACCGCGGGAUCCCACCUGUGCCGGAGGAAGAUGACGUGCAGCCGCGGCUACCGCUCCGACGCCGAGGGCUCCCGAUGCGUCGAUGUGGACGAGUGCCAGAGCAGUGUGCACCGAUGCGGGGAGGGCCAGCUGUGCCACAAUCUGCCCGGCUCCUAUCGCUGUGAAUGCCAGAGCGGCUAUCAGUUCGACUCGUUCAGGAGGAUGUGUGUCGAUGUGAAUGAGUGCUGGCGCUACCCGGGCCGCCUGUGUGCCCAGACCUGCGAGAACACCCCGGGCUCCUUUGAGUGCUCGUGUACCUCUGGCUUCCGCUUAUCCGCCGAUGGCAAGAACUGUGAAGAUGUGAACGAGUGUUUGGCCAGCCCGUGCGGUCAGGAGUGUGCCAACAUCUACGGCUCCUACCAGUGCUACUGCAGGCAGGGCUACCACCUCAGGGAGGACGGCCACACCUGUGAAGACAUGGACGAGUGCUCCCAGAACGUCGGCCACCUGUGCACCUACAAGUGCGUGAACGUUCCCGGCAGUUACCGGUGUGCCUGUCCCGAAUACGGAUACGACAUGUCUCCCAACGGACGCUCCUGCACAGAUAUCGACGAGUGCGCGGCGGGGGCCCAUAACUGCUCUCUGGCCGAGAGCUGCUACAACAUCCAGGGAGGAUACCGCUGCCUCUCCCUCGACUGCCCGCCCAACUACCGCAAAGUGUCCGACACGCGCUGCGAGCGGAUCAGCUGCCCCAACUACCUGGAGUGUCAGACGUCCCCCCUGAGGAUCACCUCCUACUACCUCAGCUUCCAGUCCAACAUCGUCAUCCCCGCUCAGAUCUUCCGCAUCGGACCCUCCCCGGCCUACUCGGGAGACAACGUCAUCGUGGGCAUCGCGCAGGGCAACGAGGAGAACUACUUCGGCACCCGGAAGCUGAACGCCUACACGGGCGCCGUGUACCUGAACCGCCAGGUGGAGGGCCCGCGGGACUUCUGCAUCCACGUGGACAUGAAGCUCUGGAGACGGGGCACGUUUACCACCUUCCAGGCCAAGAUCUUCGUCUUCAUCACGGGCAACUCCCUCUAGCGGGCUCGGAGAUGUGCCCACGAAGGACCCUUAGGCGUGGCACGAAGGACCCUUAGGCAUGGCACGAAGGACCCUUAGACGUGCCACGAAGGACCCUUAGGCGUGGCACGAAGGACUCCUUUUGUUCCUGUCCGCUAGUUAACGAUGUCACAAAGUGCACCACUCGUCCGCCAUGAUUGGGUCGAGUGGUUAUACUCGUCCAGUUGAAGUUAACGUCCACUAGUGGAAUAUUCAUUCUGUUUUUACCACAAUUGCAUAAAAACAUCUGUAAUAAUAGUUCUUUUGGUCUCCCAUAUUUCUCAUUAACCUCCCUGCUCUCACAAAGCCAUUUCAAUCAGAUUUUUUUUUUUAAAGAAUGAGGUUGGAGCUACAAAAAUAUUUAUUAUGCCACCCGAAUGAAACAAUUUGCCAUUGUUUUGGGAUUAUUUUAACCAGAUGGAAAGCAUACAAGUGACAUUUGUCUCCCAGAUUUCUGCUCUGAGGUGAAAGCAGAAGAAAUAGUUUUGUACGAGUUUCAUGCCUUUCUGUUUUUGUUUUUGUCUUUGAAGUAUUCCACAUUAUAUAUCAUUUGAUAUUAUACUCUACACAGUGUAUUUGUUGUAUCCCUGUAAUCAGACACAUUAUAAAUGGAUGUAUUAUAGUUCUUACGCUAGAUUUCUAAGUAUUUUAGAAAAACGUUUUUUUUUAAACACCAACGUGGUUUGGUGAGAAUUGGCUGAUUUGAUUUAUGAGGAAUAUUUUUUGUAAUUCUCACUGGAUAAACUUUGAUCAUGUGCAUAUAUAUAUAUAUAUACACAUAUAUAUACAUAUAUAUAUAUACAUAUUUAUAAAUACAUAUACAUAUAUAUAGAAACAUAUAUAAAUAUACAUAUAUAUAAAUAUGUUUAUAUAUAUAAAUAUGUAUAUAUCAAUAUGUAUAUAUAUAUAUAUACAUAUAUAUACGCUGUAUUGCAAAAAGUUGAAAUGUGAAAAACCCCUCUUGUCAGGGCAUGUCACAGUCAAUAUUCAUGUCUAUUUACAUACCUGUUCACACCUUGAGCGUCAUCCAUCAACGCACGGCUGCUUGACGCGCGCGCACACUUUAUGACGGCCAAUAAAAGCAAUGAUCGUGUUUGAGAGAUGAAACUGAAACGAUUACAGUC